AUGAACACCAGCUCCACUUCCAGUGGGAGUCCCAAUCCCAGCUCGAUCUACGCCAGCUACCUGCAGCACUCGAGGAUCGACAUGCAGGGCGAGGACGCGAAUGCCCAUGUGGCCCGCGCUCUGCGGCUGGUCAUCGAGAAUGUGCUGGCCCAGCUGAGCACCACGCUGGUGGUGACCAUCUCGACCCGCCAUUUGGGCACCGCCCAGUGGUUCGAGUACAUGAUGAACAACCUGAUGGACUCGUGGCGCAUGGUGGCGGUCCAGCUGCUCCGCUUUCGUCCCGAUGUGGUGGCCAGUUCGGUGCCAGGCAGAAAGAGGGUCAACCUGCUGAUGGUGGACUCCUAUCUGGGAUUAAUGGACACCAACAUCACGGAAAACAAUGCGGACUUUGAUGACCCCGACUACUACUUCAUCUUCCUGCAGGCCAGGGAUCACCUCAUUCCCCGGGAACUCCAGCUGAUCCUGGACCAUUGCCUGGCCCACUUUUGGCUGCACUGCAACGUGAUGAUCCAGACCGCCCAGGUGGAGGUGCUGGUCUACACCUACUAUCCGUAUACGGCGACCAGCUGCCAGGAGGCGCAUCCCGUGAAGGUGAAUGCCUUCGAUGGUCGCCGCUGGUGGCGGAAUGCCAAGAUGUUUCCCGAUAAACUCGACCAGAUGCACGGCUGUCCCCUGACCGUGCUCACCUGGCAUCAGCCGCCCUUCGUGGAGCUCUUCUCGGAUCCUAAGGAUAAUAGUCAGCGCGCCGGUGGCUUCGAGAUUCAGCUGGUGCAGCACAUGGCUCGCCGGAUGAACUUCAGCCUGGUGCUGGCCAAUAUUUCGCUGCUGCGACCGAAUGCCUAUCGACUGGCCGAGGGCGCCAAGGAGGGACCCAUAGAAAGGCUCCUGGAGCGCAGUGCCAACCUGAGCAUGGGCUAUUUCCGUAAGACGGCGCGCCGGAAUCAGCUGCUGACCACGCCCAUGUCGUACUACUCGGCCAAUCUGGUGGCCGUGCUCCAGCUGGAGCGCUAUCGCCUCAGCUCGCUGGCCCUGCUGGCCUUUCCCUUCGAGCUGUCCGUGUGGCUGCUCCUGCUCCUGGCUCUCCUGGUUCACCUGGCCAUCCAUCUGCCGGGAAGGCGAUCGAAUCGCGGCGGCGAUGGUGGUGGCGGUGGCCUCCAGGUGGUGGCCCUGCUUUUGGGCGCCGCCCUGGCGCGCCUGCCACGCCCCUGGAGGCAUCGCCUCAUCGCCGCCCACUGGCUGUGGGCCAGCAUACCCCUGAGGAUAUCCUACCAGUCGCUGCUCUUUCACCUCAUCCGCCUGCAGCUGUACAGCACGCCAUCCUUCUCCCUGGAGCAGCUGCUGGCGGAGGGAUUCCAGGGUAUUUGCACGGCGAACACGGAGCGACUGCUGCUCGAGAUGCCCCAGCUGGUCCGCAAUCCGGACAGCUUUCACUCCCUGGACACUCCGUCCGAUUGGGACGUUCUAAACGCCCUGCAGCGGAACAGGAAGCGCAAGAUAUUCGCCGUGGCCAAUCAGGAUGUCACCCAGUCCUUCCUGCACUCCUCCGGCCAACCGAAUGCCUAUCACGUGGUCAAACAGCCGGUGAAUGUCGAGUAUGCUGGCAUGUACAUGCCCAAGCACUCGUUUCUCUACGAGAAGCUGGACGACUGCAUCCGGCGGCUGGACGCCAGUGGCUUCAUCCACGCCUGGCGGCGGGCGGCCUUCGCCGGCGUCCAUCGAGGGGAGCGGGAACGGGUGCCCCAGACCAGCCGGCGGUACAUCAACCACGCCAAGCUCUCCGGAAUUUACAUGGUCAUGGCGGGCAUGUACCUCCUUUCCUGUCUUGUUUUCGCUGGGGAGCUCAUCCUCCGGCGGAGGAACUGGAAGGUCCUUAAGUUCUGA